AUGCCUGUCUUGUCUGUGGUGAUGGAAAAAUAUUUUAGCUUUUCUUCCCAGCCUACCUUUUACUUAGAACUAAUGUUACCUUGCUCUUUUUCUGCUUCCCGCUUGUCAGGAUUUGGUGGGCUUGAAACUACAAACUCCACUGCCAGUGGGUUUAAUUUUGGGGGUUUCGGAUUAACUGCUAAUCCUGCAGUGAACUUUAAUAUUGGGAAUUUCGGUGUUUCCACUACCUCAACUCCACCAUUCAAUUUUGGUAACAGUCUGGCAAGUGCAGGUGCGUUUGGAGGAUUUGGGACAACUACCACCACUGCGGGACCAGCAUUUAGUUUUUCUGCUCCCACCAAUACAGGCACCAGUGGACUCUUUGGUGCUACCCAGAACAAGGGCUUUGGAUUUGGUACUAGUUUUGGCACAGGAACUGGAACUGGCUUGGGUAGUGGAUUGGGAACUGGGCUAGGCUUUGGAGGCUUCGGUACCCAGCAGCAACAGACCACAUUAGGAAGCGGCUUGUUCAGCCAGCCUGCUCAGACACCUGAGGCGAACCAGCUGAUCAAUACAGCCAGUGCCCUCUCGGCUCCAACGCUCUUGGGAGAUGAGAGAGAUGCUAUUUUGGCAAAAUGGAACCAGCUUCAGGCCUUCUGGGGAACAGGCAAAGGGUACUUCAACAAUAACAUCGCUCCAGUGGAGUUUACGCAGGAAAACCCCUUUUGCAGGUUUAAGGCUGUGGGUUACAGUUUAAUGCCCAACAACAAAGAUGAAGAUGGCUUUGUGGUCUUGGUCUUUAACAGAAAAGAAAUAGAUAUUCGAAGUCAGCAGCAGCAGCUUGUAGAAUCACUACACAAAAUUCUGGGAGGAAACCAGACCCUCACUGUCAACGUAGAAGGUGUUAAAACAAUGCCAGAUGACCAGACAGAAGUGAUCAUUUACGUUGUUGAGCGCUCACCCAACGGCACUUCGAGGAGAGUUCCCGCAACGACCCUCUAUGCCCACUUUGAACAAGCCAACAUAAAAUCGUCCCUGCAGCAGCUGGGUGUCAGCCUCUCCAUGGCCAGAACAGAGCUUUCCCCGGCACAAGUCAAACAGCUCCUGCAAAACCCUCCUGCCGGUGUUGAUCCUAUUAUAUGGGAACAAGCCAAAGUUGAUAAUCCUGAUCCUGACAAGCUUAUUCCUGUGCCAAUGGUGGGUUUCAAGGAACUGUUGAGAAGAUUGAAGGUCCAAGAUCAGAUGACCAAACAGCAUCAAACUCGAUUAGAUAUAAUAUCAGAAGAUAUCAGUGAGCUGCAGAAAAACCAAACGACAACUAUGGCAAAAAUUGCACAGUACAAAAGGAAACUAAUGGCCCUUUCUCACAGAACGUUACAGGUGUUAAUAAAGCAGGAGAUCCAAAGGAAAAGUGGUUACGCCAUUCAAGCAGACGAAGAGCAGCUUCGUGUACAGUUAGAUACAAUUCAGUGUGAACUUAACGCACCUACACAGUUCAAGGGCAGACUGAAUGAGCUCAUGUCCCAAAUCAGGAUGCAAAACCACUUUGGAGCAGUGCGGGCUGAAGAGCGCUAUUACAUAGAUGCAGACCUCUUAAGGGAAAUCAAGCAACAUCUGAAGCAGCAACAAGAAGGCCUGAGUCACCUUAUUAGCAUUAUAAAGGAUGACUUGGAGGACAUCAAACUUAUAGAACAUGGGCUGAACGAGAGCAUUCCCAUCAGAGGAGGAGUCUUCAGUUGACGUGGUGGAUGCUGCUGGGCUUACACAGAACAUGUUACUCAAGGUCAUGGUUCACCUUCCAAGGCUAAAACUGUUGAGGUAAAAUCACGUAUCCUCUAGGAGCAAUGGUAUUUUGGCUGUUAUCUUUAGAAUUAGCAAAGCCUCUUCUCAGCUUUUGAACUUGACCUUUGGAAGGUUUAUAUUUUAUAAAGCUGUAUAUGCUUUAAUAAAAGAAGGAAAACUGAAUCUGUUCAGAUACUGGUUUACUAUAAAACUAUAUGUACUAUUGUACAUUUUUUCCUUUUUUUUUCCUUCCUUUUUUUACAACAGCAUUGUCCUAGAAAUGCAGUGCCAAGGGAAUUGUUCCACUU